AUGAACAAUUCGGUGAUGGUGUUCUUCGUUCAACGAGUCAUGAGUCGUGGUUCGAGGCUGAAUUGCUUCCAUAGAAUUUUAUUGGUGACGAUAUUUUGUCUCUCGUCGACCACGUCCUCUUACAUUUUCAAUUCGAACAACAACAACAACAACAACAACUCGACGUACGUCGAGAGAUGCCGAGCUGAUUGCGCGUCGCACAAGGAUCUUAUAAGUUGCGGCAAGUUCAGGGUCGUUAGAUGGUUGAACGACAUCGCGAUGGAGAAGGAAUUCAAGUAUGGCGCGAUCCGCAUCGUCAGAAUCCCGUCACUGUCGCAGCAACCGGUUAUCCCGAAAUUGCCCGAGUCUCGCGCGUUCAAGACCGGCAUAAUGGAGGCCUUGAACUUCGCCAGGGACACGGCUGAGGAUCUUAUUACGAAACGAGCUUUCGUUUACACGAUCGACAACACGGCUUCCGCGAGAAGUUUCGGCACUAUGCCUAUGAUCGUGGACGAGGAUCAACUCGCUCGGAUGGAGAGCAGGGGCAUAUCCGACGCUGCUUGGCGAGGGAUCAAGCACAAGAAGGCUCUGAUCCUCCCACUCUUGAUCCUCUUCAAAUUGAUGAAGCUGAAACUUUGGAUAGUGCCCAUCUUCCUCGCCGUUCACUUCAUCAAAAAGAUCCUAGUGAUCGCCUCGAUCCUCCUCCCGAUACUGUUCACGCGUCUCAAGAUCUGCAAAAUGUCGCAGCCCUAUCAUCAAGCUUACCCCCACCACCUGUGGACUACGGCCGCCGAGGCGCCGAUCGAUUAUCCAUCAGGAUACGGAGAGGAAAUCUGGCCGUCUCACAGAAACGACUAUCAACAAGGUUCUCCCUAUCUAGCCUACCGCAACCCGUAUGGAUGA